AUGCUCGCAACGGAAACCACCGAUCCAGCCUCAAAUUGGGACUUCUCCCAGGUGCUUGACCUUCUCAGGUCUCCCACCUAUGAGAGCAGUCCUGAUGUCGCUCAUCAUAUCGAUAUUACCGUUGCUCCGGCCGGCAACGGACCGUCAAGUCAAGCUCCCUCAUACGGUGCCAGCAGCCAUCCCGAUGAAGUCAAACCUCAACUGCUUUCUACGAAGCUUGGAGACUUUGGCUUAAUUUGGGAUCUUCUUAGCAAAGAUGACACCUCUUCGAAGAAUGAUUCGGCGCCCGGAGACACACGGCAGCCUCCCCUCGACCGUCUCCCAGCCCUCACAAUCCUCAAGCGACCUCUCCCGGAUGAACCCGUCAAAGGAACGUCAACCCCUCCCAAAUCUGUCCCAGUACUCAAGACCUCGAAGUCACCGGUGACCAAAGAGUCAACCCUCAAUCGAUCUCAGCCAUCACCAGCAUCCCUCGUUCAAGAGCCCGUUACGAUUUUAAAGCGCGCUGCAGGCAGCUAUCCUACCAAGAGCGAUGUUGCAGCUACAUCGCCUCCCAAAGCUUCAUCGAGGGUUAUCGGCAAUACUACGAAGCCAACAGAAAUACCCAAGGCCAAUACCAAGCCCAAGCCUGCUGGAAAGGUUACCAAGGCUAGUGUCGAUCCUGAACCAAUACUCUCAGAAAGCAGCACGGGUGCAGAGUCCGACUCGAGUACCGUCGUGUUUGAUCAACCCAUCACCAAGAAGUCUGGAGUCCUAGCAUUUGUUCCCGCCCAAGUGGGCGGUCGUGACGCGCGAGAUAACCAUGAUGAUACCCCACCAUCAUCAUAUGACGAGGCAGACUGGACCCUCAACUCGGAUGCUGUUCAGAAUAUCAUCACCACCUCUGCGGGGAUUCGAGUUCUCCCCGCUGCUUACAAGACUGCGACGGAGCGCAGAAUCGGGCUGAUGACGAAGCUUCUCCGGGAGUUCCCCGAGUAUGCUCAGCUUGUAUUGCAAGUGGGGCGUUCGUCGACUUCAACCAAGAAUAGUGUUGAACGCCGUCCUAUCCAUGUCUUUGUCGACAUGUCUAAUAUCAUGGUGGGUUUCCACGAUUCGGUAAAAGUUUCGCGGAACAUUCCUGUCUCAACCCGCAUUCGCCGCCUACACAUGUCCUUUGCCAACUUCUCUUUGAUCAUGGAGCGAGGUCGUCCAGCCGCCAAGAGAGUCUUGGUUGGCUCGGAUCGACUUCCCUCCAUCGCCGAAGCCGAACAACUCGGCUACGAAGCGAACAUUUUAGACCGUGUGCACAAAGUUAAGCACACAACACCGCGGCCUUCCAAAUUUCGAAAGGCCCCUGGGUCCGCAACUCACCCCACGUCCGGACCUGAAACGGUCGGCACAACUGGGGAGCGAUGGGUUGAGCAAGGUGUGGACGAAAUUCUGCACUUGAAAAUGCUCGAAAGUAUCGUGGACACGGAUAAGCCGUCGACCAUAGUACUGGCGACCGGCGACGCCGCAGUCGCCGAAUACUCUGGUGGAUUCAUGCGUAUGGUGGAACGCGCUCUUCAGCGCGGAUGGAAUGUGGAACUGGUCAGCUUCUCGCAGGUGACUAGUAAUGCGUAUCGAAAGAAAGAAUUCCGUGCGAAAUGGGGCCAGCAGUUCCAAAUGAUCGAGCUGGAUUCCUAUGUGGAGGAACUUUUUGAUUAA